AUGCAAGAGCAACUAGAUUUAUCUUACGUCGAAAACACUUUGAGCUUAAUGGUGAUAGAAUUAUUAGAUAUUGGACAUUUGAGUGUAGCUUUUCUGGUACAUCCACCUCUAAUUAAAGUUACAAGCAUUGUUAGAGACCACAAUUAUAAUAUGAUAUCUGAUAUAUGUUUAUAUGCCCCUAAGUAUCGCAAGUUGUUAGAAAAAAUAAAAGAAAAAAUUAGAUUUUAUGUUACUAAAGGCAACAUAAGGUCAAAACAAAUAUAUCCACUAUUGGUAACAAGUUUUCCAAAUCAAUAUAUUCACAAAAGAGAUCUUUACAAUAAGGUUCAAAAGAUUAAAGCACCACUUAUCAAAUGA